AUGCAACACCUAAAAAUGACAUCAAUACCCCUGCUCCUGGCCGUCCUCGCCCUCUCCGUCCGCGUCCUGGCUGCCGCCCCUCAUCCGCUUCUCGCCCCCGCCCAGGCCGUGCUCUCUGCCAACUGGGUGUCCGACAUGAACUCCACCCUCCCUUCGCCGAGCCUGUACCCGCACCAGUGGUCGUGGGACUCGGCCUUCGUCGCCAUAGGCUACUCGCACUACGACACCCCGCGCGCCAUUGCCGAACUCCACGCCCUGUUCCGCGCCCAGUGGGCCAACGGCCUCCUGCCGCACAUCGUCUUCAACCCGGCCACGGACGAGUCCUACUUCCCCGGCCCGUCCUUCUGGAACACCCAUCGCUCCCCGCACGCCCCGCCGGCCGCCGCCACCUCGGGCAUCGUCCAGCCCCCCGUGCACGCCAUCGCCUCGCUCGCCGUGUACCACAACGCCAAGGGCCCCCACAUGAAAGCCCUCGCCCACCGCCAUUUGACCUCGAUCUACCCGAACCUCGUCGCCUGGCACCGCUACUUGUACGCAGAGCGCGACCCGCUGCAGGAGGGGCUCGUCUUCCUGCGCCAUAUGUGGGAGAGCGGCAUGGACAACUCGCCCGCCUGGGACGAACCUCUUGCUGCUAUGCAUGUCACACCCGACGCCAUCCCCACCUACUCGCGUGUUGACAAAGGCAAGGUCGCCCACGCAAAGGAAAGGCCCACCUCCUUCUUCUACGACCGCGCCGUCUAUCUCAUCAAGAUUUUUUACGAUAAUGCUUACGAUGAGAAGGCCAUCUUUGAGAAGAGCCCGUUUUUGGUUCAGGACGUCUUGUUCAACUCCAUUUUGAGCCGCGCCGGCAUGGCCCUCGCGGAGAUUGCCGACAUUCUGCACAAGAACGAAGAGGCGGACGCCCAUCGCCAGAGAGCCGAGAAGACGGCGAAGGCUAUCACGGACAAACUUUACGAUCCCGUUGACAAGUUUUACUACAACUAUAACAUGGUGACCAAAAAGCUCAUCCGGAGAAAGAUCAGCGGCGGUUUUGGCGCUUUCUACGGCGCCAACAUGGACGACGAGCAUGUCAAUGCCCUUAUCGACCACUUGUACUCUCCGGAUUUCUUGGAGCACGACCUGUACGCCUGGACGAUUCCGUCUGUUGCCAAGACAGAUCCGAGCUACACUAACUCUACUUACUGGAAGGGCCCGGCUUGGUUGAACAUCAACUAUAUCGUCCGAGAGGGACUUUUGGCAAAUGCAGCUGGCAACCGCGACGCGGUGAGGAUUGCCGCCUAUUUGAAAGAGCGCAGUAUGGAAAUGAUCGAAAAGUCCGGCUUCUACGAAUACUUCAACCCGAUCUCUGGCUCGCCGCAUGGCGGUCACCAGUUCAGCUGGUCCGCCGCUCUCAUUAUAGACUGGAUCUGCACGACAAACCGUUCGUAUGGAGAGCGCCUAACCACUAAGGACCAAGGUGACCCUGUGUCCCUCCUCGGUGGCAAUAACGCCUUCUAUGCCGUCCUGACAGCUGCAGUGGCCAGUAUCAUCGUCGCUAUCAUGAAUAGAAGCAGUCCCACUUAUGGCAAGCAAAGAAAAGAUGACGCAGAUAUUUUACAAGUGCUCCGAGCUGCAAACAAGAAAGCUCGCGCCGAUGCUACUCCCGGCAACGGGUCAAUGUCCGCGCGCCGCCGAAAUACUGUUCCCAAGGCUCGCCGUUCAUCGUGA